UCUCUUAUUGUUGAUUUUAUCAAAGCCGCCCAUUCAGUUUCUCCUUUUUCUUCUUCAAAGCUUGGCUUUUUCAUCAAAAAGAAACCAACCGAUAUCAGUUUUUGGAUAAAUUCUGCAGAAUUUCCAGAUGAGAAUUCUUGGAGGGUAUUUGAUUGUUGUAAAUAUAGGAAAAUAAGUACCUCAGAAGAAUCUUAGCGUCGUUGCAGUCUUCUAGAUUGAGAUUUUUUGUAUAGAUCUGAGGAUAACUUCCAAGUAAAGAUCUUGGGUAAGGUUUAGAUUUUGGGAUCUCUAAGGUUUCUGGAGAUGGCUAGUGUUCAAGAUCAAUUGGAGGUCAAGUUUCGGUUGACCGAUGGCUCCGAUAUCGGUCCAAAAACCUUUUCGGCCGCUACAAGUGUUGCAACUUUGAAGGAAAGUGUUAUUGCUCAAUGGCCUAAAGAGAAGGAGAAUGGUCCAAGGACAGUGAAGGAUGUCAAGUUAAUUAGUGCGGGGAAAAUAUUGGAGAACAACAAAACACUGGGGGAGUGUCAGAGCGCUCUUUGUGAUGUACCGGGUGGAGUAACGACUAUGCACGUUGUUGUUCAACCUCCUCCUUUGGAGAAAGAAAAGAAAAUAAUAAAUGAACCGGAACAGAACAAGUGUGUUUGUGUCAUAUUAUAAUUCGCAGCUUGAAGAGGGGAUGGCAUUAUUUUCAGAUAAAACAGUGACAGAUCUGGUAUAGAAAAAGAGUUUGUGGACAUUAAAUGUUUAGAAUGUGUUGGUUUUCUGCUUUUCUACACCAAAUUCAUGUAGAGAUGACCGUUCAUCUAUUUUGUUCACUUCAUUGGUUUCACAUUAAUCAGACUCUGCUCUUGAGCAAUUGAACCUCAGGUUUUACGUCCGAAUUC